UCUAAACAGUGACAUAAACGAACUGCAAGUAACAUCUUCUCCAUUAAAAAUAUCUUCCAAAUCUCCAUUCUUUGCUUCUAUGCUCUAACAAUGGCAACUAUUAGUAAACCCCUAAGGCCAACCAAAUCAAAACCCUUCAGCUAUCCAACUCUCACCAUCAUUAUAUGCAUCUCCACCAUUGCCCUGUUUUUCCUUUUCUCCUCUCUAAUUUCCACCCAUGGCUUCUCGUUCUCAUCCCCAACUACCCAUUAUAUGAUAGACAUCGUUAAACCCAAAAACACACUGUCUUCACAUGACAGGUACUUGUAUUGGGGCAAUAGAAUCGAUUGCCCCGGUAAGCACUGUGAUUCUUGCGAGGGUUUGGGCCAUCAGGAGUCUAGUCUUAGGUGUGCCCUUGAAGAAGCCAUGUUCUUGAACAGGACAUUUGUGAUGCCUUCCGCAAUGUGUAUCAAUCCAAUUCACAAUAAGAAGGGAAUGCUUCAUCAUUCUGGCAAUGCAAGUUCCGAAGAAAGGUGGGCUACAAACUCUUGUGCCAUGGACUCUUUGUAUGACAUGGAUCUCAUAUCUAAAACCAUACCCGUAAUUUUGGACAAUUCAAAAGUUUGGUAUCAGGUACUAUCAACAAGUAUGAAACUGGGAGCUAGAGGAGUUGCCCAUGUUGAUGGAGUUAGUCGGGACAAUCUCAAAGAGAACAAUGCCUACACAAAUCUCUUGCUCAUAAAUCGAACAGCAAGCCCUCUUUCAUGGUUCAUGGAAUGUAAGAAUCGAAAUGACCGUAGUGCAAUAUUAUUAUCAUAUUCAUUUCUUCCUUCCAUGGCUGCAAGGAGAUUAAGAGAUGCAGCAGACAAGAUAAAGACUCUCCUCGGUGAUUAUGAUGCUAUCCAUGUGCGUCGUGGUGAUAAAAUAAAAACUAGGUUGGACAGGUUUGGCGUUGCUCGGACCUUACAUCCUCAUCUGGACAGGGACACGCGCCCAGAGUUUAUGCUUCACAGGAUUGAAAAGUGUGUCCCACGAGGACGAACUCUUUUUAUUGCUUCAAAUGAGAAAACUCCAGGAUUCUUCUCACCUCUCUCUGUCAGAUACAAAUUGGCAUAUUCAUCGAACUAUAGCUGGAUAUUGGAUCCGUUGAUUGAGAAUAAUUACCAACUAUUUAUGAUUGAGAGGCUUAUAAUAAUGGGUGCAAAAACGUCGAUUAGAACAUUCAAGGAAGAUGAUGCGGAUCUGAGCCUUACUGAUGAUCCUAAGAAGAACACCAAGAAUUGGCAAAUACCAGUAUAUACAUACAAUGGAUGAAUCAAUUUUUACUCCAAUCUGUCUCACUAAUUGUGCCAUAAGCAAUGCAUACUACACUUGCUGAUGGGGUCAUUCUUUGGCGCGCAAUGGUGCUCCAUGUUCCCAAAUCAGAUGUUUUAGGUCAAGCUAGAAAUUGGCGUCAUGUGGUAAAAUGGGAGGUAAUAGUUUAACCGAUGUAAAGCGCAAUCUCAGAGAAGGUAAAUGUUUUAUUUAGUACAUUCGGCUGCAGAUUUUGUAGAGAAAAAGGUUCCACUUUUCCCUGUGUGUAGUUUAUAAGUUUAAUCUUUACAAUUAUCAACUUCUUUCAGCAAAUGAAAUUCACCAGUUAUUCAAUUCCACUCAUUAAAUAAUUUCAA